AUCCACUCUAGAUACAACGUUGCCGAGUGGCAAGAAUGGGAUGAACGUCUGUGAUCCCGGCUCAUAAGGUCUACGCGCCUAGAUGCUGGAAGAAUCAGUGUUUUGAGCCUCGUGUAUCAUUGAAUCCCCAUAAUCAUGUUUCAUUCGUUGCCCAACUACAAUUUGUCACUUCUACUACUGAUUCUGUUCUCUCAAGUCAGUCGUGCGUCUUUAGAUGUUGUUCAAGCACAAGUACCGCUGAGAACUAGUUUUGCUGGAACAGCUUGCAAACAGACAAUCUUCAAGCACAGCUUUGCAAACAGUUAUGGAGUUCCAUGUGUCGGCAUUUACUUCCCACCAGAGAAUUGCACAUUCACCACCACCAUCUUCAACAUCUCGGUAACAUCCAAAGGCAGACAAUAUGACCGUCUAGCCCUUCUCUUCUUCGGAGACACCGAGAUCUGGAGGACGUCAACAGCAAUGCCAACAGAAGAAGGCAUUUACUGGUCUUACCAAAAAGAAAUGACAGUCUUCGAUGCACUGCUGAGGACAGAACAAAAAGUCAUUUUCGACCUCAGCAGCUUUUAUUCAGACCUGUACACAGGAGCUUUCAAUGUGACACUUGAAGCUCUGUACUACAAGGAUAACUACGUUUCUGGGCUAUCUCCUCCUGAUCGCAUCUAUCCAAUUUCCGCCUUAGCUUCAGCACAAAAUAUCUCAUCUGUCAUGUCCUUACCAGAUGAUAACGGGACUGUUUCAAUCACGUUUCCUAGAAAUGUAAAGACGGCUACAGUGUCGAUACUUGCAUCUGGAAACAGUGCAGAAGAAUUCUGGUACACGAACGUGCCAAGCGAAUAUGUGGAUACUUUUCCCGGCAAUCCAGGAUGGCUGUAUGGUUACAGUCCCUUCCGAGAAGUGCAGCUUCUGAUCGAUGGCAAGCUUACGGGAGUCUCGUGGCCCUUUCCUCUCCUUUUCACAGGUGGCGUGGAUCCGGGCCUUUGGCGUCCGAUUGUUGGCAUCGAUGCAUAUGAUCUGCCUACGUUCGACAUCGACGUUACUCCAUGGCUGUCUCUGUUAUGUGAUGGAAGAUCGCAUGAUUUCGGCUUGAAAGUUGUCGGUUUCGACAACUCUGCUGAGGAUAAAAUCGAGACUGUUGGGGAGAAUUGGUGGGUCACCGGUGCAGUAUAUAUCUGGCUUGACGACCAUGGCAACCAAACACUUGGUGGUAACAUUACAACUAAUAUAUCUCCACCAACAUUCUCCUACCACCCCAUCUUGACCAGUACCACCACAAAUGGGACAAAGACAAAUACUUCCUUCUAUUUCUCUCUCACAGCGCACCGCACCCUUGCCAUUUCAUCCACAAUCCGCACCUCAACCGGUUCAAAACAGGUGUCCUGGAAACAAAACCUAUCCUUCAGCAACAUCCAAAACAUGACCGACCUCGCAUACAACCAAUCCCUGAGCAUGCUUUCAACUGGCUCCUACUCUGAUUCCUUCUCCGGCACAGAAUCAACAUACUCAUAUCCCAUCAAUCUCUACAGCGCCUAUGUCAUCGCUCCCACAACUGCGACUCUCUCCUCUGUCUUCACACUGAUCGAUCGUAGCCUCAUCACGAAAGGAAUAGACAUCCUCUCUUCUUUGACCGGUCUCACUCUUGGAAGUGAAAGCUUGGCAACAAGGCAGUUUGGUGAAAGUAUGUAUUAUUGGAACGAGACCAUUGUUGAAGGAACAGCAGCGGAUACCGGUGUGACCGAACAAUGGUUUUCGUAUUCUGGACAUCCUGGAUUGGGCGAAGAUGGAGUGAGGGACUUUUCGAGACAUCUCAAGGAGGUGGAUGAUGCUAUUGUGACCGACGACGAGAGAUGGGAGACAAUGGUGGUACCAAAUACGAAACCGUUGCCAUAUGUUGAAGGCGAGCCAGUUGUGUAGCUGAUCUCGAAGUCUGGACCAUGAUGAUUUGGGAAGAUAAUGUUGCCUGUGUUGUAUACCAGACCUACCCGGUUCAAGUCCUUGUUCAAAGCUCAUUAUAUGAUUUAUGGCAGCGCCUGCUUUGUAUCCUGCGCCUUCUUCACU